AUGUUUGGACCCGGAUUCACCACCGUCGCCCUGACUGCCUUGCUCGGCGUUUCCUCUGCAGCCAGCUUGCAGCUCCGCGACUAUCCGCAGGGCACCAGCAAUGUCACGAUCGUCGACCAGAGCAAGAACUACAAUGCGACUGGAGGAGAGGGACAUGUGGCAGCCGCUGGAAAUCUGCCUCCAUUCGGCAGCAUCGGCAUUGGCUGCGGUGUCAACUGGGACAACAAGAGCAUGGCUUACGGAGGUAAGAUGCGUUCGAUUGAGACGUAAUUGCGAAAGGGAGACAUUUUGACUGAUGGGCGUGAAGGUGGUGUGAAUGCCGGCAGCAAGGACUUUGGCCUUGGGGGUGGCUAUACGGUGACACCUACCACCAUAGAAAUCGGCAACGGAAUCGGUAUCAGUAAGUGAAAGUCCACCUUGGUGAUGUGAUGAAGACGCAUGGCUGACCAUAUCACCUCCUGAAGACACUGCCAACUCCAGCGCCAAUGUCAAUUUCAAGGGGAGCGUCAACGGAACCUUCGAGCUUCGCUUCGAGUCCACCUCCGAUUUUGCCUGCGUACCAUCGAACGACAAUGGCACGCAUUCCAUCGUUUGCACUACGAUCUAA